UAGAAUGACUACUAACUAUUCCGAACCCGAUCCACUUGUUUGUGAUGAAACCUAUAGCUCUAGCAUCGAAAUUUUAAAAUAUCUUUUAACAAUAUCAUAUUUAAUACCAGGAGGAAUCCUUCAUUUAUUCAUACUUCAUACGAUUUUAGUGACGAGAAGAGGUUAUUUCAAAGGUAGCUCUUUUUUUGCAAUUUUUGCACUGGAUUCUGUUUCGAGCAUUAUAAUUGUUUUUAUUGAUUCAUUUUACGGUCGUCUCUUUCUUUAUGUCCCUCCACUUUGUCCCAUCGUUGGCCCAUUUUUUUGGGCGUCAUCAUUAAUUCCAAAAAUAUAUUUCUACUUGAGUGUUCACACAAGAUUAUCUAAAUGCGUAGCCCAUAUAUGUAUGGUAUUGAACAGAAUGACAUGUGUUCUAAUGCCAACUUAUUAUGGCCAGAUAUGGCGUAAGUUGACCAAAGUGUCUUUAGUGAUAAUAUGUAUUCUUCCAUUGGGUGGAACUUGGAAUAUAAUUAUUUCCCCAAGAUUUUACGUUUUACCAUCUUAUGGUGGAUUUGCUAUAAGCUAUGUCAGAGCAAUUCCUUGGGCUUCAUCUUCUUUGUUCCAAUCAAUUUAUAUCCUCACAGCUCUUGUUUUCACUUUUAUAUGUACAUCAGUUACUCUCUAUAAGCUCAUUUCUCUAUCUGAUCGUAUAAAAUCAGCUGAAAAAUCGUUAUGUUUCUCAAAUAUUUAUAUUUCUCUCACUUUUUUAGCAGCGGCAGCUAGCCAGGCUCUAUAUGCGUUUUGCACUAGUUGCAUGUCAUCUGAUUUAUUAUUCACUGCUCAAUUUCUGGCGUUUGAUAUGUUUACUGUUGGAUCUGCUGUUAUAUUAUUUUGGAGUAAUAGCCAGAUACGUGGAUUAAUACUUCCUUCAAAAGCAGAAGACGAUCGGAUUUUCAGAGUUCAAACGAUCAAUAACUCAUUUACUCAUUGAUCUGAAAAUUGAAUCAGUUAAUAAAUUUUUUUAAAGGUUUUAAAUCGUUUUAGAACAUACGUUUGAUUGUUAUGUUUCUAAAAAGAUUGAGAACUUCCAAAAACAUUUACUUUUGAUUCUGUUCUCAGAUUCAUGAGUAAGUCAGCUAUUUAUUCUUUGAAAAUAUAGAUUUUUGAAGCAGAAAUAGUUUGUAUUUGUUUGUUUAAUUAUAGUAUAAAAGUUGAACCUUUAUUGAAUUACGUACAUAUUUACGGAAUUUUUAUACAAAUUUCGUUGUUGAAUUUGAUAUUUUCUUUUCCUUCUUUUUUUUCCCAACUGAUUCAUACAGUUUUUCGAAAUAAGUCUGUAAAAUUUAAAUCAUUAAUAAUAACGUUUUGAUA